GUUCAAACUUGAAUGCUGAAAAGGAAUAUGAUAACAGCUAAGGGUGGAAACUGGUUUAUAUCUGCAUACUGAAUUCAUGUCUAUCAACUUCUGUGGUGUGAUAAAGCUUAAAGCAUACAACCCUUUAACCCAAAAAAAGAGAAAACGCAUGCCACCAUUUAAGUUUGCUUUUCACAUUUUUAUUUCCCAAAGAGAAGCCCUUAAUUAGAUGCCUUUCAGUAAUUCUUUUGCAUGUGCAAGUGGGAUGAUACAGUUCUUUUGUGGCAUCUCUUUGUCCAAAGAGAUUGGAUUUACUAUUGGAAUAUUUGUCUUUUGGGUGUGAAUAGGCACGUAGAGGAUCGUCCAUCGACAUCGAGCGGGGAACACAACAACCCCACAAAUGAAAAUUGUCAAAAGCUGAAUGGACGAUAGCAAUGGCAAAAGAACGGUGAAGAUAAUGUUGGCCAAAACUUAGGGGCCAAGUUCACAACAGUGAAAGAACACUACUCCAAUUGUUUUCAUCCAUAACAAUCUCUUGGGUUUUUACCCAACUAAACUCAACUUGACAACACGGGACGGUAAUCUAAGGUGAAAAAGUAUUACAUAAACACUGUUUUGCGACCCACGUCUUGACUCUCUUUCCCAACUUCUGGAGGAAGGAGUUUUCCUUUUUGCUCUUUAAAAGUUCCUUUUUCUCCCCCAACUUUAAUUUCAGGGGUGCAACCCCCUUGUCCCUUGUUCUGACAGAGAAAAAAUAUCCCCUUUUCAUAGCAGGAAUUAGUGUUUGGUUUUGGUUUCUUUCUUCCAUCGUCUUCUUGUUGAGUUGCCCAUUCGGUAUCUCCUCGAUGUCUGACGAGAUGAGCAGGUGUAGCUGCAACGACAUAGUGGGAUACAGAUUCCACCCAUCUGAUAAAGAACUCAUAGAUCAUUAUCUAUGGAAUAAGGUACUCGACCGUGAUUCUGCUGUCCAAGUUAUUGGUGAAGUCGCUGGCGACCUUUGCAAUUAUGAACCUGAAAGAUUACCUGGAUUUUCAAUAAGAAGAUCCAAUGAUAAAGUGUGGUAUCUUUUUUGUCGAAGAAAUCACAAUAAACGGGUCAAGAGGACAACCAAACUUGGAUUCUGGAAAUUAACAGGCAGGAAUCGGCAUAUAAAAGCCAACGUAGGAAUUGGCAUUAAAAAGACUUUGGUUUUCUACGAAGGUCGCGUUCCUAAGGGAAAAUGGACCCCUUGGGUCAUACACGAGUACAACCUGCCUGAUACUCUUCCUAACCAAGUAUCUUCUUCUAUGCUAACUCUGAAUUAUAAGGGUUAUUUUCUCUGUAAAUUGAAGAAAAAAGAUGAUGAAAAGGCGAGCAUUGCAAGUGGCGAAGAAAGUCAGCCAAGUAAUGUUGCAGAUGACAAAAUAUCUGAUAAUUCCAUGGAAAUCAAUAUUGAAGAGCUACUUGCACAAUUGGAAGACACAAAUGACUCUAAUAAGGUUGGAGAUGAGGUUGUUUCUCUCCAGAAACCAGAUUUUGAUGGGGUUCAAAAUCAAUCUAGCACCAAUGAACAGGAUGAUAAGUUAUAUCUUGUUUCUUCUACACAACAAUCACAGAUACAAGAGGAGCAUGUGCCUUCUUAUAAUGAUUCCACAAAUUUUUGUGGUGUUGAUGGCAACUUUCACAAGAUUCAAAAUCAAUCUAGUACCAAUGAACAAGAUGAUGAGUUUUAUCAUGUUUCUCCUACACGACAAUCGCAGAUAUGUGAGGAGCAUGUGUCUUCUUAUAAUAAUUCUAUAAUUUUUUGUGGUUUUAAUGUUAACUUUCAUGAAGUUCAAAAUCAAUCUAGCACCAAGGAAGAAGAUGAUGAGUUUUGGAAAAAUAUUUUCAUCGACGAUGAUGAUGAUGCUUAUGGGAAUUCUCAAGGAAAAUUGCCUAUGAAAGAUGAGGUUAUAGAUAUUGAAGAACAUGUCACUGCCAUGGAUAUGCUCCAAAAGGAAAAUGCUGCUAUCAAAUCUAAAAGAAGACCAGAAAAUGACAGGAGAAAACAAUGCAUGAAUGAGCUUGAAGAUGCUUGGCGGUUUGGUCAACUGACAGUGAUCAAAAGGGCUUCCUCACUUUCUUUUUUCCAAAGCUCACUCUCAAUUUGUUUCUCUUGUUUCAUCGUUCUCCUUUUCUCUCUCGUUUCUUCUAAAAAUUGGGUGAAAAUGAGGAACAGAAAGGGAUACCAAAUAAUUCAGCCAAUUACCAAUGAAGAACGAUUUAGCAAUUACUAUUGCUAUUACCUCUUCUGGGUUGCGGUUGGUUACUACUUGUGGAAGAAAAUACUCAGCAUAACGGGGUACAGAUUCCACCCAACGGAUUUCGAGCUCCUCCAUUACUAUCUAAAGAACAAAAAUCUCGGCCGUGAAGCUCUGGUCCAAGCUAUUGCUGAAGUGGAAGACAUAUGCGGAUUAGAGCCUUGGGAAUUACCUGGACAUUCGAAUAUACACUCAGGUGAUCAGGUUUGGUAUUUCUUUUACCGGCCAAAUUACAAGUACCGAAAUAGUACAAGGAUCAAGAGGACAACCAACGAAGGAUACUGGAAACGAACUGGCAACCCUCGUAAGGUAAUGGCUAGGGACCUCGAGACCGAGAUUGGCGAGAAAAGGACUUUGGUUUUUUAUAAAGGGCGUGUUAGUGACGACAACAAAAACAAGACCGGUUGGAUCAUUCAUGAAUACGAGCUCACUGCUACUCUUCCUAACCAAACAACUUUCAUUCUCUGUAAAUUGAAGAAGAAGUAUGGGAAGGCUGAGGUUCCAUGCAUUGAAGAAGGUCAAUCCAGUCACGAUUUGCCUCCUAACUUGGGAAAUUAUAUUGCGAAUAAUGCAAUCCCGGCAGAGGCCGCCAGCUGCUUUACGGACCAAUCAGACCCUAAUGAGUUAUUAGCACAGCUGGAAUCAUUUAAUUACCCUGACGGGCUAGAAUAUCAAUCUACAGAGUUGUGGGAUUCAUAUCUUGUAGGUGAUGUUCCUACGAACGAAGGCUCCAAUUUGACUUUCAAUUUUGGAAACCACGUUGCAGAGAAUGCAAUUCCAAAUGACCAACUAAAACCUAGUGAUGAGGCACCAAUCCAACAAGAGGUACCUCAAGAUCAAUCUAGCACCAAUGAACAAGACAACAAUUUUGGGAAUUUAGUUCCUGCUGAUGAAACAAGCAAUCAACAUAAAUUAGUUGUCGAGAAUGAUGGAUCUACCAUGCCUUCUACCAUCCAAAAUCCUAUUGUUGCAGAAUCAGGUCAAAUGGACUUAUCAAAUUUGGGUGGAGCAUCAACGGAUGAACUGUUUGCAGAAUUAGAUGCGCUUCCAGAGGUCCAAGGAAACAGUAUUGGGCAAGGGUUUGAUGAUUGGGUUUCACUUGCAGAUAUUGGAAAUUAUCUAAAUAUACCCAAUGGUUCAGACAAUCAAUCAUGCACCAAUGAAGAGAAAAAUCCAACUGCUACAAAUGGUGGCUGUAGCUUGCCCAUUGCAGGCAUGAUGGAAUCACCCUAUCCCAUAAAUCCAUCCAGAAAAAGGUUACGCACGAAUUGUGAGGGAUUUGGCUGGGAUAAGUAAUGCCGCCCAUGCAGAAAGAAACACCCCUUUUUGUAAUUUUGGGGGGUCUCUAGUAGGAAUUAAAGAAAGAGUUUCAGAUGAAAUGGUUGCUACUUGGAUUUGAACUGGUUUUGUAAAUUAUGAUAUUAUAACUUGUGAGAGUUUUGAAUGUAAAUUACACUAGUUUUAUCUUUGCUUCA